GCGGCUUCGGGCCCCAUGUACACCCCGGGCGGGCCGGGGCUGCCCGGCGGGCGGCGGCGCCGGGGGGCGGCGGGCGGGGGGCUCCCGAAGCAGCCGGAGCGGAGCCUGGCCUCGGCGCUGCCCGGCGCCCUCUCCAUCACCGCGCUCUGCACGGCGCUGGCCGAGCCCGCCUGGCUCCGCAUCCACGGCGGGACGUGCGCCCGGCAGGAGCUCGGCGUCGCCGAUGUCCUGGGUUACGUUGACCCCGAGCUGCUCCGAGAUUACUGCAUGAACCCGCAGACCGUGCUGCUGCUCCGGGUCAUCGCCGCCUUCUGCUUCCUGGGAAUCAUCUGCAGCCUCUCCGCUUUUCUCCUGGAUGUCUUCGGACCCAAGCACCCGGCGCUGAAGAUCACCCGGCGCUACGCGUUCGCUCACAUCCUCACAGUCCUGCAGUGCGCCACCGUCAUCGGGUUCUGCUACUGGGCCUCGGAGCUCAUCCUGGCGCAGCAGCAGCAGCACAAGAAGUACCACGGCUCCCAGGUCUACGUCACCUUCGCCGUCAGCUUCUACCUGGUAGCGGGCGCCGGCGGCGCCUCCAUCCUGGCCACGGCCGCCAACCUCCUGCGCCAUUACCCCACCGAGGAGGAGGAGCAGGCCCUGGAGCUGCUCUCCGAGAUGGAGGAGAACGAACCCUACCCCGCCGAGUACGAGGUCAUCAACCAGUUCCAACCGCCGCCGGCCUACACCCCCUGAGCCCGGCGCCGCUUCCUCUGCCCCCCCCCUCCAUCCGCACCCCCAACUCCAUCACUCUU